UCGUAACCCACUUCGAAGUUUUGAGCUUAAUAUUUUCUAUAGUAAAUUCGGAAUGUUUGUGUUGUAUUACUUCCAUUUGUUUUUUAUAGAAAAAAAGGUUGCUUAUGUAUUGACUAAAAUAUAUAAUGGCUUCUUAAAUAUAUGUUAAUAGUAAGUUAAUCGUUUUAAAUUAAUGGAGCUGAAGGUCUGGGUCGAGGGAAUACAAAGGAUUGUUUGUGGGGUGACGGAGACUACCACUUGCCAGGAUGUAGUAUUUGCUUUGGCUCAUGCUACUGGCAAAGUGGGAAGAUUUACAUUGAUAGAAAGAUGGAGAAACAAUGAGCGACUUUUAGCUCCACAGGAAUAUCCCUUAAAGAUUCUGAUGAAAUGGGGUGAAUAUUCGAAUGAUAUACAAUUUAUAUUAAGAAGAUCUGAUAACAAUAGCAGUAACCAAAAACCUUUACAAUCUACUCAUAACUCUAGAUCACCAAUAGGAAAUGGGAGUCAUAAUAUAUCCAAUGUGAAUGCAACAGAUAAAAAAAAUUCAACUAAUAGGGUGAACACUACCCCUACACUUAAUAAUGUAAAUAACACUUCCCCUGGUAAUCCUGUUGGUGUGGUGAAGGGUGUGCAGCAAGCUAAAUCUCCUGAAUCUAACAGUCCAGUGCUUAAAGAUGUCCCACCUUAUAGAGACCCGCCACCGCCAUAUAGAUCACCCCCACCGCCUUCAGCUUUAAGGAAAUCCCCAAACCGUACAACACAUAGAACUCCACAUAUGUCACCAGUUAACUUGUCGGAGUGUCCUGAAGAAGAAAGGAGCCCUGAAGCCGUUAGUUAUAACAGCCAAUAUAGAGAAUUGGUAUCACUUGUAAAUUAUCAGAGGGAAAAACUUUCAAGUCAACAAGUGGAUCUUAUUAAGUAUGAUGCAGAGAUUGGUUACUGGGAAAACAAAGGUAGAGAACAGGAAAGACAAGUUGAGUUAUUACAACAACAAAUAACAUCUGCUGAUAACCAACUUCGUAUCAGCACUGAACAGGUACAAUCUCUUAACUAUGUGGAGGAGGAAAGCGAAAUUGUAAAACAAAAUGAGAAAACUUUAAAAUCAGAAAUAGUACUGGUCCGGUCUAAACUGGCUAACUGUGAAACUGAACUACUACAGUGUAAAAAUAAAGUUCGAAAAUUGAUGGAGGAUAUACACAAUGAGCAACGAGUUUUAAAUAGCCGACAACAAGAGAAUAGACAAGCAUUAGAGAGGUCUAUGCUAGCUGAAAUGGAAAACUUACAAACUCAGAUACAACAAGCAAAACAUGCGACAGAAAUUAAUCAUCUUACAGCAGAGAAUUUAAAACGAGAGGUUGGGGUUCUAGAGAAUGCGAUAAUGGAGAAGAAGCGUCAAGUAGAGCGCUUAGUCCAAGAGAUGAAAGAAGCAAAUCUUCAGAGUUUAACUGGCAGUGUUGAUGAACUACGACAUCCACUUGAUGGAUUGUGCAAGGCGGGAAGUGCUCGUAGAAUAAUAGGUUCACCAAGACAACUUGAAAAUGCUGCACCAACUAAUAAAAAUCCCCAUGGUGUAUGGGUAUAAAACAUCAACACAAUUGUACCUAUUCCUUUGGUGAUUUAAUAAGGACUUUCGUAAAACAGCGUAAAUAUAAAUUGUCAAAGUAUACUUGGUUAUAAAAACAAUUUUUAAUUCACUUUUCAAACUGUUUGUUGUGUUAAUAGAUUUGUGUAGUGGUGAUUUUUAAUUUUACUGAAUCAAGCUUUUAACUUUUAUAACAUUUAGCAUAGUAGUAAAGGUAAUUAUGAUUUGAAACUGAUUUAUAGAUGUUUUAAUAUAAUUAUGCAAUGUAUAAUUGUACUGCCAUAGACUUUUGUGUGAAUAUUACUAUUAAUUUGUUAUUUAACUUUCAGGUUUUGUAAGUUAUUAUUUAGUGAAUAAUUUAUUAGAUUUGUGUUCAAAUUAGUGUCAUAUUUAAUCAUUGUCACAAAGUAUGUUAUAAGAAUUGUGUUUUAUAUGUUAAUUAUAUUAUAAAAGUAUUAAUUGUAUCUUGCCAUCUCAUAAUAUAAAGAACACAACUAUAGUUACACAGAUAAAAUAAUGCUGUGUACUGUACGAAAAUGUUGACUUUGUUGUCAGUAAAUCUUUUAAGAAAUUUAAUUGAAUUAUUAAAAAAUAGUAAGUAUCAAAAUUUGCUUUACUUACAUCUUAGAUCAGAUAUGAUGAAAAAAUCCUAGAGAUGAUAGUCAUCAAUUAUUUGCCUCAACUUCCCACUUUAUUUCAUCACGUUACAAUUUAGGUAAAGAGCCUGAUUAUCAUCAUGCAACUUUAGAGUGGCAAAUUUAAAAUAUCAUGCUAGAAUUGUAUGAGUUGCAUUUAAUAUGAAUAAUACAAUUUUACAAGUUGUUCCUGGUAUUUGUAUGCAUUCGAAGCACUGGCUUGUAGAAACUAAAGAAAUUAAUUAUUAUAUGUAUUUUAUUAAUAUUUGAAGUGAUCAAAGUGUAGUGCCAUGAGUGCAGUAUAUAAAAUAAAUAUCUUUCAGGUAUCAACAAUAUAUUUUUCGAGUUGGUACUAUUAAUAUUAUGUUAUAUAUAAAAUUGACUGUAUAACUUAAUAUUAUGUAUUUAUACUUUUUAUAUUAUAUAAACUAGUAAGGUUCUGUCAAGUGUAAUCAAAUAUCAUAUGUUUUUGCAAUAUAGAAAUAAUGUAUUGAUAAUAAUAAUCUAGUCGAAAAUAUAAGCCAUUGCAAUAUGUUAUAGACAAUUUUCAUAGAAGUAUGGCCUAAUAAAUGAAAUAUAUACAAGCAUAAUAGAUAAAGUUUAAGAGUAAUCCUAAAUUUUAUUUCUUUAUAUAUUGGAUUAUUCUGUGUACUCAUGCAUGGUUAACUAAGACAGUUUGUGUAUAAUCAUAUACAGAAUAUACGAAAUUUAGAAAAAAAUCAGUUUUUUAUU